CCUCCCCCUUCCCGCGUCGCUUCUUCUUCUCCCCUUCCCCGCCUCGCCAUUGCCGUCGCCCCUCCGAGAACAAGCCAAAAAAUAGCUAUCGGGUGCGCUUGAUGCCCCCGCGGAGCGUGCGCCCAUGGCGUCCGUUUCCGUCUCCCCCUGCUCGCCGCAGGCCGGCCUCCUCCUCCCGCUGCUGCUUCAGCUCCAGCCCCGUUGCCGCUUGCGGAGGCUGCCUCUCCUGCCGCUAGGGCUCUCCGUUGGGGCACGGAGGGGCGGUGGGCUCCUGCUCCCGCUCCCUCUCCCGGCGCCGCGGGCCUCGGAGGGGACGGAUGAACAGGCGGUGGUCAAGGAGGAGGAGGUGGAGGAGGAAGAGGAAGAGGAGGAGCGGGGAGGAGACGACGGGGCUCGAGAGGCGGGGGCGGCCAGGGGAUCCGGGCGGUUCGCCGCGGACUACAUCUCGCUCGGCAUCAGGGAACCCGUCUAUGAGGUGAUCGAAGUGAAAUCUAAUGGAAGGGUUUCUACCAAAAAAAUAAGCCGGCGGAAGCUUUUGAAAUCAAGUGGCCUCCGUCUGCGAGAUACCAGAAGCGUUGACCCAUCACUAUGGCUAAUGAAUUCAAUGCCUUCCUUGCUGGUACGUGAACAAGCCAUAUUACUCAACCUUGGCUCCUUGCGAGCAAUUGCUAUGCAUGAACGCGUCCUUAUAUUCAACUAUAAUAGCCCAGGAGGAAAAGCCUUUUUAGAGUUAUUACUACCUCGGUUAAAUCCAAGGAACAUCAAUGGUGGGCCUGCAAUGCCUUUCCAACUUGAGGUUGUCGAAGCUGCAUUGCUUUCGAGAAUACAAAGGCUGGAGCGAAGACUAAUGCAUGUUGAACCUCGCGUGGCCGCAUUGCUUGAAGUUCUACCAACACGGUUGACAGGUGAUGUGUUGGAGCAGCUUCGUCUAAGCAAACAAUCACUGGUCGAGCUGGGUUCACGAGCAGGUGAUCUCAAACAAAUGCUCAUCGAUCUCCUAGAAGAUCCUCAUGAAAUUCGUCGAAUAUGCAUUAUGGGGAGAAACUGUACACUGGAUAGAUCGAGUGAUGACAUGGAAUGUUCUGUUCCUUUAGAAAAACAUAUUGCUGAAGAAGAAGAGGAAGAAAUUGAAAUGCUGUUGGAAAAUUAUCUUCAAAGAUGUGAAUCAUGCCAUGGUCAAGCAGAGAGACUUCUUGAUUCUGCACGGGAAAUGGAAGAUUCAAUCGCAGUAAAUUUAAGUUCUCGGCGACUAGAGGUAAGCAGAGUGGAGCUACUUCUUCAGGUUGGAACAUUUUGUGUUGCCGUAGGAGCAUUAAUUGCAGGAAUAUUUGGCAUGAACCUCAAAUCAUACCUGGAGACAAACGCGUGGGCAUUUUGGGCGACGACUGGUGGAAUAGCAGUCGGAGCAGUAGCUGGAUUUUUCCUCAUGUACUCGUACCUAAAGGCUAGGAAGAUAUUGUAACCAUGCACCCCAUGUUGAACUGUAUAUAAUGCGGUUUUGGUCUCAUCUGGAGGUAAUUGUUUUGGCGUGGCGAUGAAUGGCGCGCCAAUACUGCAUGGGUUGUUGGUAACAACUUGGAGUAGCGUCAACUCAGACGCCACAUCAAGGAGCAUCAGAUCCUAUUCUGCUCUCUCCGGGAAUGUGAUUCAAUAUUGAGCUGAAAAGUGUAAACCUGGAACUUAUAAAUGUCGCUGAUGACCUUGGAGAUCCAUGCAGCAUGUCCAAAUCCAA